GAGAAACUGCUGCGGCUAUAAAAGCCUCGAAGUCGCCAACUUGUCGACACCGUCAGACGUGCUGCCAGCCUGCGCACCGCGCCGUGCGUUUUAAAGGCGCGAAGCGAAGCGAAACCCGAGCGCUCGUGCAAGCGGAAGUCGAAGCCCAAGUUUUCUUUUCGUCUCGGAGGACGAGUGGCGUCUUCUUUAUCGAUCAUCGCUUUCUUCUCUCCUCAUCGCCUUCGGAGGUUGUGGUUUCGAAAGAAGCUUCGGGAAUGCUGACGAUUCUCUUACUAGGUCUUCUACUAGCGAUAGCCUCUAGUGAAGAUGGCAAAGGGGAAGAGACGCUUGAAGCAGAAGGUCACAGCUUCGGUAGCCUUGGCCAGGCUACGACGUUUAGACAAGCCGGAAACUUCCUGCAGGCAGCUCCAACGUAUGGACGUUCGACGUACGGACAGUCAGCAGGAAUAGACCGACCGCAGCCAUUCGACUUCGGCUACAACGUUCAGGACGAGUUCGGCAACAACCAGUUCCGCCAGGAGAAAGGUGACGAGUCCGGUUCGGUGCAAGGCGCCUACGGUUACACGGACGCGUUCGGCGUCUACCGCAAGGUGCAUUACGUGGCCGACCAGAACGGUUUCCGCGCUGACAUCAAGACCAACGAGCCGGGCGUCAAGCAGGAGAACCCGGCCGACGUGCAGCUUGUCGUCGAGCCCCCGCCGCAGGGUGUGCUUCAGCAGGCACUGACGGGCUCAAGGUCCGCCGGCUUCGCCAAGCUCCCCGCGGCGGCGCCCGCCCAGCCGAGAUUCCCGCCGGGCCUGCACGCCUGAGAGAAGGCGGGCUCCUGAUACGCCCGCGGAAGCUGCCUCCGCGCGUUGCGGAGCAGAGGCAUCCGGUGAGGUGGGGUUACUUGCCUCACUGGACGGGAGGUCGAUCCACGUGUACAACUAUAAGCCAGCCAGUGGUUGAACUUAAGUUGAAAUAUUCGUAUUGCGGCUUCUGCAACGCCUACUUAAAAGCGGGGGCAACUGAUAAGGAAGUGCGCAGGACAAGCGCUGUCUCGCAACUCUGCAUUCUUGAGAGCUUAGAGCUCUAGUUUUAAAAACCUGUCCCCUUCGUAGUGCCUAGACAGCAGGACUCCGAUUUGCUUCUUUAUUCGAGUUACUCUUUAUUGCAGGCUCUGUAGGCAUCAGCAGAGUGGUGGCCUUCAACGUAGUCCCGAGCAGAAGAACGUAAUGCGCGCAGAAUGUUGUCAGCAGACAUUUCCUCUUAUACUCCUGACAAGGGAGGUUUGCUUCAGACACAAGUUCCUAUACAUUGGUGCUCACCACAUGCGCUUAAAGAAAAUUUGUUGGAUAAGUUCCGAACGGAUGCUAGUUCUGACUAUGGUUCAAACCUCGUAAGUCUUGUAGGACCAGAUAAAUAUUUGUGGCGAGUAGUGAACAUCCUUCUUAGUAAUGUCGCGUUCCAGUAAGUAAUUAGUUCACAUCCCACACGAGUGAUGUGCUGCUUCGAAGCGCUGUCGUCGGGGAGACUCCCUGAGAGGUGGGGUUUUCAUUACUGGAGGCUUCGUUACGGGAGGCAGUAAAGGUGCCGCAUACUCAGGUGAGGCCGGGCCUUCACAAAGGCUGCUGAUACAGAAUCAUUCACGUGGCAUCCGCAAAUCUCGCACCUUGUCAGAUACCCUAUUCCAAGGGCUCAAAAGAGCAAUAACCAGCAAUCCGUUGAGACCUAUGAUGUACACCAUCAAGAUAGAGGCACGCACGCGUCCAUUAUUCCUAAUGAAAGACAGGGCUUGGGCAGAAGAUCCUCAUAUGUUUAGUGACCGCUUGGUGAAGGUCCUAGAACAAGCCGCCUUAGAAGGCCGUUUUCUUGUAGAUUUGUAGAGACGAUGUCGAGAAAGCUUGGAAAUUCUCUUAGUGGUGGAAGCUUUCUAGACGUUCUUUUAUGUAGUUUGUUUGCACAAUCUCUUCUCCACUUCACUUCAUAUCUUAACAUUAGCUUUGCUUAAGCAUGUUAUUUUGGGCGAUAUUUCUUAUAUAUAGUUCUCUCAUUUAGUGGCCGUAGAUCACCCCCACCUAAACCUUGCAUCAUACAACUUCUCGGGGAUCAAUAAAAGCAGGGUGAAGAGGGUGCUAGUCCUAUAUCUUAGUAGUCAUAUUGUUUCACACUAGCAAGAAUGAAGUAUGGGAGAAGGAAAACUGAAUUCGUGGUGAAUAUUUUGUCUCUAAUCUAAGGAGCAUGUAAGAAAAAGAGAAAGAUAGAGAAAGCAAGAGGUGAGAGGCAGAGAGCUUAACCAGAUUAAUUGUCCGGUUGGAAACACUGUACAGGGAGAUUGGGUAAGCAAAAUAGAAUGCACUGGGUGAAAUGACGAAGGCUUCCAGUCCGGCGUAAGACCGCUCCAACGCAGUAAGCUCUACCGGCGGACGGAAUGACUUCGGGCAUACCUGUAUCGUGAUGAGUUCAUACCUCCGCAGAAAUGAAGCAUUCCUAAGGUGCAUACCGAUUUUCAAGCCUCGCUAGGAGUAUUAUGCAAUAGGCGACUUGUUUUCCAUGUCCUUACGGCUUUCGAAGCUCCCGUAUUAUGACAGAACACGAUAUACCUCGUACGAGGCCAGGUUCGUAGACACGUCAGUCGGGAGCACAAAAAGAGAAAAGGAAUGACGUGAUAAGCCAAGUCUCGCCUUUCUCCCACUCCGUCUUGCGUGGUUGACGCGUGUCUAGAAAAGGGAGUUUGUACGCUGUCUCACAUAUUUCACAUGAGAGUUCCCCUCCCGUUUGUAUUUUGCCUUAUGCCUAUCCUUUCUUGGUGGGGUUUAUUCUUUUAUGCGGCUGCACUACAAGACGUGUUAUGUAUCCCAUAUGCUUGUCGAAGCCGCUGUAUUUCUCUGUUGUACAUAAGUGUCAUUCCUUUCUCUUUCCCUAUGCUGCUUGCUGUUGACUCACGGCUUCGAAAUGUCGGGAUCAAUAAACAAUGUGUCUUUAAGUGCGC